AUGGAUAUGUUUGCCAAGAAGACUGCUUCAUCGAAAGAAUGCAUAACUCCGCAUAAAAUAAGUCUGUUGGUUUUAAUAUCUGAGCUUUGUGACAGGCUUGAUAGAGAGGAAAUAACUCCUUUUAGGAAACAUCAUCAUGCCCUUAUGUUGUUGGUCUUGAAUUUGAUGCAGGCAAGGUUUUAAUGUUUUGUAGUGUUUGCUUGCAAAGUAAUAAAGUAGAAUAUUGUACUAUUUUGAGGUGUUGCUGUAUAUUUGCAUUUAUACAGAUACAGCUCUAUUAAUCAUGGACAAUAAUCGCAUGCUAUCACGAACAAUCUGUGUCAGUGCAGGUAGUGCUAAUAAUAGAAAGCUGCAGACCUGAAAAAUACCAGGAGAACUUUGAUGUUUUGGGCCUUUGCUCGAAUUGAACUUCUCCUUCUAUAUUGUUCAUGCUAUACCCCUCUUAGCCCAUAUGUCGACACAUAUCUCAUAACUCUGGAAAAAAACAAACCCUAUUAAUUGACUUAAGCCAACAGAUUUCUCCACUUAAAGAGUCCACUUUAUAGGAGUGUGUACUUGCCAUAGGAUGCCUUAAAUAGCAUUCAGCAAUUAAUGAUACCUUUUUAUAUAUAUAGAUAGAUAGAUAGAUAGAUAGAGACUUUAUUUAAAGAGGGUGACACUUAAUAGUACGAAGUACUAAUGAACUUGUGGCCCUCAUAUAUUUAGACAACAGAUAUAGAAUUUAAUGAGCUGAGAAGAAAAUUAGAUGAAAUAGAUCAUGAACAAGCCCAGCUAUCUGCAUUGCUUCUAGACAGGUAUGGAUGUAUAACAUUUGUCAUAUUUUGUUUAGAAUAUUUCAAUAUUUGUUAGAAUGACACUGGUUUCAAUUUGAUCACCCAGAGUCAUGUUUAACUAGCUUCACUUUGAUUGAUUGAGCUAAUUGAAAAUUUCAAACUCUCCUUACAAAGUUAACAUUGAGGUUUUAUUUGAGGAUGAGUGAACAAUGUAAUUAUUCUUAGAUGCAAACAGCUGUAUAUACUGUAAUAAUAUACUGCAUUAUACAUUAACAUAUGUAUGUACACUCUUGAGAAAUUAUAUAUUAUGUUAGAAAAAUAUGUUGCAAUUUUGUAGGUUAAACAGUAUCAGUGAUGGAGAGUCAAGUUUGUGUGAUUUCUUUUUACAAAAUCUGGAUGAUCUUCUAAAUGUUGAAGAAGAAAUUAUGUUGACAAGAACAAGCUUCUUUGGUAUGCAAUAACUACAAUGAAUGUCCUCAAUAUGGUUCUUAAAUUGCAAGUCGUGUAUUCAGAUUUUCUUACAAUUGUUGCACAUAAAGUCUGUGGAUUCUUCUUGCCUCAAAAUUCUUGAAAUCUCAGAAAUCUUGCCAUUUUUUACUAAUUCCCAUACUGUUUCUGCAAAAUCUAUUGUGGAUCUUAUAGUUUGAAUCAUAACUUGAUAGAAACUUACCCAUUUGCUGAAGUUCCUGCAUGUGAAAUUUAUUUUUUGUAAAUUUUUACUCCAGGUCUUUUUGUGAGGAAGAUGGUCCUUCUCUUCAAUAAAAUGUCAUUUGGCCAAGUUCUACAUUUGACAACUUUAUUGAAAGGUUAUCUGCAAGCUGCCCAUGAUCACUCUGAGACAGCCACACCCAUGGAUAUGCAGCUAAAUGGGUACAUAUUGCUUGCACAGUAUAAAUACCAUGUGUGAACAUUUCAUUAGUUUAAAUUUCUAAAGUUUGCAACAUAUAUCAUGGUGUAAAUGGUAUUCAAUUUUUCAGAGAUUCGUUGGAGACCAAAAUACCAAUAUCAAGUCGACAGGCAGAAAACUUCUUGGCCAAACAAGUAUGUUUGUAACAAUGCUGUUACCCAUGCAUUUAAGGUCAUGUUAAGUUUGUGAAUCUCGCAGAAUUUGGCUAUAAUAAUUUUAAUAUCUUGUAGGCUGCUUUGCUCCAAUCUUGUGAACAAGCUGCUGAAAAUCCAACCAAACUACAAGAACAAAUUGUUACUAUUUUACGUGAUGCCCCAAAUCUCGCUGAAGCGGUAAAUCCGUGCUACUUUGCAACCUUGGUAUUCUGUCUAAUUCUAACUCUUUUUCCAUCCAUUUUCUUCAGCAUUUUGUACAGUACCUCAACUGCGUCAGAGUGGGAGAAUUCAACCAAGCGAUGGAUUGUUUGUAUCAUUAUUUCGACCGUAAACAAUGGGAGGAUAGCAACAAGUCUGCCGCGAGCAACGAGGGCAGUGUGGGCGCGAAGAAGGAUCGUUGUAAAAGAUUUUGUUAUGCUGCUUUAAACCUGGCGAUUUUACACACACAUUUUGGUCAUAGGUACUGAAAGCCUCGUACGGACAACGGGACAAGCAAUUUUUCCUUGACAAGUUAUAUUUGCUCGUGUUUACGGCAAAACAUUGACAAUUUUUUCUUGCCAAGCCAGCCUUGUUCCAAAGCUAGGCAUGCCAGAUUUUGGACAAGAAAUACUUCUAUGGUUUUGGCAAACAAAAGGGAAAUUACUUGUCAAGGAAAAUUUGUUGACUGUAUACACACGAGAAAGUAAACUUGUCAAGGGAAACUUGUUAACUGUGCACACGAGAAAGUAAACUUGUCAAGGAAAACUUGUUGACUGUACACACGAGAAAGUAAAUUUGUCAAGGGAAACUUGUUAACUGUGCACACGAGAAAGUAAACGGAAAACGUGUUGACUGUACACACGAGAAGGUAAAGUUGUCAAGGAAACUUGCUCGACUGUAUUGGGCUCAAGCAGUAUAUAUUUCCUUUCUGAACAGUAAAAGUGUAUAAAUGAGAUAAUUUUCUAGUGACUCUUCUUUUUAAUACUUUUAGAAAACAGGCAUUGACGGUGUUGCAAGAAUCAAUUAGGAUCGCGCAGGAAUCUAAUGACCACAUUUGCCUAGCGCAUGGUUUAAGAUUGUUGUAUAAACUAAAGCAAGAAGGAGACAGCCAAGCUAAACAUAUUCUUGACAGAUUCCGCGCCCGUGCAUCUGAACUAAAAUUACCGGUAAGUGACAAACUUGAAUUCAUUUCACAUCAAUCUCAAAAUAUCAGACAGGAUAGAAAUGUUUUAAUCUUCAAAUUUUUCUAUUCAUGAAGUAUCUGGAGUCACUCAGCUUGCUUAUGAAAAUAAGUCAGAUGAUUUUUGAGGGAGAAACACCGCCCAGGUACAGAAUUUUAUUUUCCGAUUACUAAAAUCAGUUUUUCCAAACUAAAACGUUUUUUAGCCAUAAUCAUCUCAGAUGAACUCGUCGAGUACGCAUCUUGGUUACGUUAUGAACUUUUAAAUAUUCCGUUUUUUAGAGUUUUGAGUAUUUUCCAAGAGUUGAAUCUUUUAAAUUCUGAGAAAGCGUUGUUGGACCUUGCCGCAACGACUCACAUAAAGCAGGCUGCUUGCUUGCAGUUCUAUGGUCAGAGGUAAUUCAAAUAAUCAGUGAACUAGAGAUUACUUUGGGUGCCAGAAGUUUCUCUAUUUAAUGCAAUUUAUUUCUUUGUAGCAACAUGGCAGUUGUGUACAGUCAGUUCGCUUUGAAUCAAUGGAAACCGUCGCUCACUGCAGCUCAUAUUGAUAAAGUGAAAGGCACGGGAAUGAUAAACUCGGAAGCAAAACUUCAUGCAAUAUGUUUCCUUGCUUCACAUAUGCACAGACAGGUAAAUAUAGUGAAAUAUAUCUCCGCACUUAGUUAUAGGUGCAUGCACGAUUUGACCUGGAUCUUACUGCAGAAGAUAGGCAAGCUGCAGUCAUCACAGCAAGAAAAUGAUGUUAAUUUUUUCUACAGGGUAAUUUUGUUGGAUCAAUGAAAUUGCUGGAAUUUGCCAAAAGUAUUUGCCCAGAAAAUUCAAAGGACUGUAAGGUACGAUGUAUUGUAAAUUAAACUAAUCUGGACUGGUUAGCUGAUAGCUUUAUCAGUUCUUAAACUAAACUAGACAGCUCCAUCACUCGUUUCAUGUUUUAUAUCAGAUAUGGCAAGCUGAGAAGCAAAGAAUCCUAUUUGACCAAGCUUUGAUAAUGGAAGAUUGGCAAACCGCUUCAGAAUCGGCAGAAAAUCUCAGAGUUUUUGAUGCGUUUGAUUCUGAUUUACGGUAAACGAUACAACUCAAUCCUUCAUAUAUUAACGGCUGGAUGUAGAUUUUACCAUUAACUGCAGCGUAUGUCGUGGUCAAUUCGAAACAAUUUUCUCCACAGGAAAGCAAGAUUAUUCACGAAGUUAAAACAGUUUCAAGCUGCCCAUGAAAUGUUAAGAAAACUGCUUGAAUAUUUAGAGUAAGACACAAAUUCAGAUUUGAAUCAAAAUGAUAACAUUUGUUAGAAUUUAACAGCGAAAAAUUGCGUUUCCAGGAAAAAUGCAGAAAAUGUUCAGGACGAAAAAUCUGUGGAAGAAAUGAAAGCAAAGUAAGUAUAGAAAAGCCGAGACUUAAAGUCUUGGGAUUUGAAGAGUUGAACUGAACUAUACUAAACUAACUUUAUUUAUACUGAAUAUAGCAUUAUCAGUUCCAAACUGUUCUUCCUAUAGAGGUCCAGUAAUGAUACAUGUAUUUAGAUAUUGUGACGAAGUUAAUAAAAGUUAAAAAUUAAGUAAAAAAGCCGUUCCUUAUUGAAUAUUGCUUUGAACAGUGUUACUAGAGAUGGAAAUCUAAACUAAACUAAAUUUUUACUGGAUAGCUCUGUGAGUUCUAAACUGUUUUUCUUAUACAGAAGAAAGCCUGAAUACCUGCAGAAAACCUCACAUGUGACUGAGGUGAAAUUAUAAUCAGACAAAGUAGUUGUAUAUAUUGCAAGAAUCCGCCGAGGAGUGUUUGAUAUUUUGUUUUUCCUCUUGGUUAGUGUCUACCUGGCGGUGGCAGAAGUGUUUAUUGCGUCUAAAGACUAUCCCGCCUCCAUGACUCACUUGCUCAAAUGUAAGACAAUCUGUGAUUCAUACCACAUGGAAAAUUUCUCAAUCAUCGCAUCACAACACAUCGCUGAAGUUCAGGUAUCUGUCGUAUAGACUCUUGUAUUCUAAAAUAGACGCCUGUAUUCUAAAAGCUCACUCACACUCAAUGAGUGGAGGUUCAAUCUGAGCUUCCCUUGGGUGUCAAUGCUGUUUUCAAAUAGCUGGAGGGUGAGUAGUCACAUAGUAAGGUACGACGCUAACCCUCCAGCUAUUCAAAAACAGCAUUGACACUCAAGGGAAGUUCAGAUUAAACCUCCACUCUUUGAGUGUGAGCGUGAGUGAGCUUUUAAAAUAUAGGAUCACAGGCGUUAGUCAUGCAGAACCUCUCUAAUAAUAAAUGCGAGACCUUCUUCUACUUCAUCGUAUUUCAUUUCCAGUUUCAUCUAGGCUUACCUGAAAAAGCUUUAUCAUCUCUUCGUCAAAUCAUGAUCAACGCUAUAAGUAAUGGUAAGUUUUGUCGAAAUGUUUGGACCUAUUAGAUCAGUGGUUUGGACGUGAAUAUAAUUUGUUUGGAUCAAGGCGUUUUUUAAUACCAUGGACUGACUGGUGGGUCAUUUGCCCCACUGGGCCCCUUCCUCUGCCCCACCACUGAAGAAAAAAAUGGCCUAUUGCCCCAAAGCCAGAGUUCUAGGACCUGUAUUGAGUAUGAGUUUAACAUUGAAAAGAAGUUUAAAAAACAAAAUUUGUUCGUGAGGAUACUUAAAUUUAUGUUGUGUUUGAAUGUUUAGCGUGCAAUUUGUUACAAAUUUCACCAUUAAAGCUGAGAUAUUUUAAAAAAAUGUGUUCUCAGAAUGCAGGAAAUGCUAUUUCAGAGACCCAAAUUUUAAAGAUUUCCUGAGGGGGGGAUGCCCCCAGACUCGUGUCUGCGGCACUAGCCUCACACCUUCGGUGAUCGCAUACUAUUCUGGGGGGAGGGCAAGGGAAAUGGGCCCCUUGGCGGUUUUGCCCCAACACUGAAGAAUCCUUAAAAAAUGCACUGGUUUGGAUAGAGAACUCCAAAAUCAUGGGGAGGACUCAGUGAAAAGGAGACAAAAGGGAGAUUUUGGGGAAGAAAUUGCCAGUAGGGGUGGGGGGAGGGCUUCUAUAAAAUGUUAUAAUCUUAUUGCGACAUGCCUAUCUUAUUGCCUAACGAAAAGCAACCCUGUUUGACUGUAUUUUAACUUAUUAUAGUUGAUUAGUUACCGUACAGAUGUUUGAAAUAGAAUUCAAAAAAUACAUUAAUAAUUCAUGAGGAAAACACAAAGAAAAAUCAUAAGCGCUUGUCGUAUAUUUACAUGUGAUAGAGAUUUCCCUUGAUUUACAUAAUCUUUAACUUUGAUUUUCUCGACUUACACAACGUAUUUUUUGAAAAUUACUUCGUCAAUGAACUCACUAGAUCGAUCGUUUUUGAAGCAAUUUAAAACAUUCGCAGUGCAUGUUUUAUCAGACCUAAAGCUAGCUAUCUAAAACAGUCUGUGCCAGUAUAGGUGUAGUCACGAUAGCAGACAGCUUACGUGGGAAAGAGAUGCUUUAAUACAGUUCAAAAUAUGGCUUGUUCACUAGGCUGUCAUUUCACGAUAUGUUGCAUGAAGUUACUCUUCACUCGAUGUCAACUUCAGCAAAGGGAAGACCGCAGUAAAGAGGGAAGAAAGUCAGUGUUGCUGUCAGUAUUACCAACUCUGGAUUUCAUAUUAAAAGACUUCAAACAGAUGUAUGCCUCAGCGAAGAUACGAGAUGUCCUCCUGUUUCAGGUAAGCUUGCAUGGUUUCAGUAAAUAUGUUCGAGUAUUGCAAACAUGCAUGGGGUUUUCAAUAAGCAACCGUGGUUUGUGUCUGGACUACAUGAAAAAGAUAUCUCAAACGUGGUGGUCCAGUGUAGGUAGUAUUCUACAAUAAGCUGCCGUGGUUUGUGUCUGAACUACCUGAAAAAGAUAUCUCAAAUGUGGUGGUCCAGUGUAUUAGUAUAAUUCUACAAUAAGCUGCCGUGUUUUGUGUCUGAACUACCUGAAAAAGAUCUCAAACGUGGUGAUCCAGCGUAGGUAGUAUUCUACAAUAAGCUGUCGUGGUUUGUGUCUGAACUACCUGAAAAAGAUCUCAAACGUGGUGAUCCAGUGUAGGUAGUAUUCUGCAAUAAGCUGUCAUGGUUUGUGUCUGAACUACCUGAAAAAGAUAUCUCAAACGUAGUGGUCCAGUGUAGGUAGUAUUCUACAAUAAGCUGCAGUGGUUUGUGUCUGAACUACCUGAAAAAGAUAUCUCAAACGUGGUGAUCCAGUGUAGGUAGUAUUCUACAAUAAGCUGCAGUGGUUUGUGUCUGAACUACCUGAAAAAGAUAUCUCAAACGUGGUGGUCCAGUGUAUUAGUAUUCUACAAUAAGCUGCCGUGUUUUGUGUCUGAACUACCUGAAAAAGAUAUCUCAAAUGUGGUGGUCCAGUGUAUUAGUAUAAUUCUACAAUAAGCUGCCGUGUUUUGUGUCUGAACUACCUGAAAAAGAUAUCUCAAACGUGGUGAUCCAGUGUAGGUAGUAUUCUACAAUAAGCUGCCGUGGUUUGUGUCUGAACUACCUGAAAAAGAUAUCUCAAACGUGGUGGUCCAGUGUAGGUAGUAUUCUACAAUAAGCUGUCGUGGUUUGUGUCCGAACUACCUGAAAAAGAUAUCUCAAACGUGGUGGUCCAGUGUAGGUAGUAUUCUACAAUAAGCUGUCGUGGUUUGUGUCUGAACUACCUGAAAAAGAUAUAUCUAACGUGGUGAUCCAGUGUAGGUAGUAUUCUACAAUAAGCUGUCGUGGUUUGUGUCUGAACUACCUGCAAAAGAUAUCUCAAACAUCGCUGCCAGUGUAGGUAGUAUUCUACAAUAAGCUGUCGUGGUUUGUGUCUGAACUACCUGAAAAAGAUAUCUCAAACGUGGUGAUCCAGUGUAGGUAGUAUUCUACAAUAAGCUGCCGUGGUUUGUGUCUGAACUACCUGAAAAAGAUAUCUCAAACGUGGUGAUCCAGUGUAGGUAGUAUUCUACAAUAAGCUGCCGUGGUUUGUGUCUGAACUACCUGAAAAAGUUAUCUCAAACGUGGUGAUCCAAUGUAGGUAGUAUUCCACAAUAAGCUGUCGUGGUUUGUGUCUGAACUACCUGAAAAAGAUAUCUCAAACGUGAUGGUCCAGUGUAGGUGGUACCUAUCUCAAACGCCUCUCGAAACAUAUACUAUAUUGCGCAUGUAUUUUUAAUAUUCCCCACAUCAAACUAUUAUAACAAAUUCUAGGCUUUUAUCUACAACGAGUUGGGUUAUAUGGAGAAGAGGAAUCAAUGUUCAAUUGAGUUUCGUUGUCUACAUACAGCAGACAGUAAGAUAAUCACUAGACGAGUUUCAUCAUUGCUAUCAAAUUAA